UAACGUCCACGCUAAUGCCCUUACCCAUACGCUUCGUGCUAAUGCGAUUCCGAUAGCGAGCGUAUACUCUGGCCACGGCGGAUCUUGGGCGUAUGCAGUUGAUCUCUCCGAUGACGAUAUCGAUGCCCACGGCGGGAAGUUUGUCUACCGCCUUAAGCCCACUGUCAGCUCCCAGGAUGCUCCCUACGAUGACACCGAAGACGAGGUCCCUUCGCGCGGUUUUCUUAUUGAAAAAGCAUCAGACGCUGCCGCCGCGUCGUCUUCAUCGGCCGCCGCCGCAGCCUCUUCAUCAUCAGCCUCUGUCGCAGCCAUUGCCGCAGCAUCUCGCUCGGCCGCUGCAGCCGCUUCGCAGUCUGAAGCAGCAGCAGCUUCACAGUCCGAAGCAGCAGCCCAGUCGGCUUCUCAAGCGGCAGCGAAUUCAGCUGCCGCGCAAGCAUCGUCUGCAUCCGAGUCGGCUGCUCUCGCCACCUCAGCAUCGGCGGCCGCGGAGGCAUCAAAAUCAGCGGCAGAGGCCUCGUCAGCCUCACUGGCAGCACAAACAACCGCUCCACCCGACCAGAGUAGCGCUGUGCCCACAUCGGCUCACGCGACAAACACGCUCAGCAUCACAUCAGCAGGGUCUCCAAAAACUUCGAAAGCCGCGACAGGAACCGCCGCCCAAGCCACGUCAACAGGCACCGGGGCCCCGACGAUAAGCUCAUCUUCCUCAGGCGGCCUCUCGGCCGGCGCAAAAGCCGGCAUCGCAAUCGGCGCCAUAGCGCUCGCGCUCCUCGCCGCCAUCGCACUCAUCCUCUUCCUCCGGCACCGCAAGAGGGCCGCUGCGGCUGCUGAACUAGCGGGUCCUCCCCAGCCGGUGC